GGGUGAGAGAGAGAGAGAGAAAAGAGGGGGAGCACAUGUGUAUGCUUGUCACUGAGGGGCUGGGAGAAGGACUAAGGGAAGCGAGGUAGCUGGCCACAGCCGCCAUAUGCUGACUGGAUUCCUGUUCAUGUCUGCUGUGUGAAGACUGUAGGUUAGUGUUGUGUGUGCUGGCCGGGCUGGGGAACACACCAUGGGAAGCUCACAUCUCCUCAACAAAGGCAUGCCUCUAGGCAUCAGGCCACCCAUCAUGAACGGACCCAUGCACCCGCGCCCCCUGGUGGCGCUGCUGGACGGGCGCGACUGCACUGUGGAGAUGCCUAUCCUCAAAGACGUAGCGACCGUGGCCUUCUGUGACGCUCAGUCCACACAGGAGAUCCACGAGAAGGUGUUGAAUGAGGCUGUAGGAGCGUUGAUGUACCACACCAUCACUCUGAUGAAAGAAGACCUGGAGAAGUUCAAAGCUCUUCGUAUAAUCGUGCGCAUCGGGAGCGGCUACGACAACAUUGACAUCAAAUCUGCAGGGGAACUUGGCAUCGCUGUAUGUAAUAUGCCAGCAGCUUCAGUGGAGGAGACAGCGGACUCCACUCUGUGCCACAUCCUCACCUUGUACCGACGCACCACGUGGCUGCAUCAGGCUCUGAGGGAAGGCACACGGGUUCAGAGUGUGGAGCAGAUACGUGAGGUGGCGUCGGGGGCAGCAAGGAUCAGAGGAGAGACGCUGGGACUCAUAGGACUUGGUCGAGUGGGGCAGGCUGUGGCUCUGCGAGCCAAAGCCUUUGGCUUUAAUGUGAUUUUCUAUGACCCUUAUUUGGCUGACGGAGUAGAAAGAUCCCUAGGACUUCAGAGGGUCACCACACUACAGGACCUGCUCUUCCACUCUGACUGCGUCUCUCUACACUGCAGCCUGAACGAACACAACCACCACCUGAUCAACGACUUCACCAUCAAACAGAUGCGUCAGGGGGCAUUCCUGGUAAACACAGCCAGGGGAGGUUUGGUGGAUGAGAAGGCUCUGGCUCAGGCUCUGAAGGAGGGAAGGAUACGUGGAGCCGCUCUGGACGUGCAUGAGACAGAACCCUUCAGUUUCAGUCAGGGCGCACUGAAGGAUGCCCCCAAUCUGAUCUGCACUCCUCACGCUGCCUGGUACAGUGAACAGGCUUCACUGGAAAUGAGAGAGGAGGCAGCCAGGGAGAUUCGAAGGGCUAUUACAGGUCGUAUUCCAGACAGUCUGAAGAACUGUGUGAACAAAGAGUUUCUCUCCCAGAACAACCACUGGACAGGAGUUGACCCAUCGUCUGUCCAUCCAGAGCUAAACGGGGCGUAUAGGUAUCCCGCAGGAGUUGUGAGCUUGCCAGCCGGCGGCCUCCCACCUCCAGUUGAAGGCAUUGUGCCCAGCGCUGUGCCCAUCACACACACCCUCCCGCCUGCUAUCACACACCCUCCUCAUGCCCCAUCUCCUGGACAAAACACAGUAAAGCCACCAGAGGGAGACAGAGAGCAGCAUCUGAACGACCAACUGUAGCCACACACACACACACAUAAAAGCUUAUCCAUGUUGUCUGGUAACUGGAGGAGGUCGACAUGACAACUGGUGACAAAGCAGUGAGUUCCCUAGUGACAACUUAUCAGAUUUACAGAUUGUCAGAUCGACAGGUUGAGGUCCCAAAAAACAGCCCAUUCACCACUCUACAAAAAGGAAGAAGAUGAAGAUGAUGUUAAAGAGGAUGAGGAGCGGACAGCUGUCAAAUGCUGUAACUCAAGCACAAGACAGUUGUCCUCUGCUCUGCCCAGAAGUCCCAAGAAAGACUGUAAAACUCAAGGUCCACAGUUUGAUCUUCACACAACAACUUGACUAGCUUUUUAAGUAUUUUCCUCUGCCAGAAGUAAAAAAACAAAAACAACAAAAAAACAACACAUAUUUCUUGAUUUGGAAAUAUUUAAAAAAAGAAAUCAAAUUCUGCUGUCUUAGACUGUAGUGUGUCCAAAGUUAGAAGAGAGCCGUUCAUGUCUUUCUCUCCCUUUCUGUGUGUCUUUCUCUUAGUUUGAUGUACGAGCAAGUAGUAGGUUAUGAAAUGAAUGUAACCUGUCGGUGUACAGUUUUUAGACUUGCAGCAAGAAGUUACUGACAUUUGUAUCCCAGUCUUACACAAAAACAAGAGUUAUGCGAUCACUCUAUGUAGCCAAACUGGUGUGAGAACUGAAACAUGUUUUGUUUUUUGUUUGUUUUUUGUCCCCAAAUUAACAAGCUCAUCCAUCCCUCCAAAAAAAGAGGCAGCUUUUUGCACACCAUCUCAGGAAAUUAAGUUUCCGCGGUUGGUUUUCCCCCCUCAAUAUUCUUUCACCCGUUUGUGCUAUGAACCUCGUGCUUUUGUUUUUUUACCUGCUUGCCUUUUGUGUUCCACUACAUUAGAAAGAGAACUUAAGUUCAUCUAAUGUCGGCUUUUGUUUGUCAUGUUUAAAGGAGCAUGUGAUUUUGCUCUUGGACAUUAUGUAAAUGUUUCUCCCAAAUUGAAGGGGUUGUGGGAGGAAAGGCUGCAGGCAGGUGGCAAAAUGGUAUGCUUGGCUCGAGCGACUUCAUUACCAGUCACGAUUUCUAAAUUGCAAAACAGACUGGUUGUGUUAAUUACUGUGUAUGACAAAGCCGCUUGUCCAUGAGGUGAUUCUUCUAAAAAUGUACUUAUCUUUGUCUUCUUCUUGUGCGAUGAUCCAGUACUUCCACAAUCACACAGUAACCGUUCGGCACAGCGAGGUUUACAAAUGACGCACAGCACCGAUGGAUCGGUGUUUUGCUUCUUGCUGCUAAAUAAGUAUUUCACAAAAGUCGUCCGUCUAGCUCUGGAUAAAACAUUCACAUCCUCUUGAAGACAGUUAAUGCAAGUGGACAGAUGAGGAACAGUUGUGUGCUUGAUGUUUGGUCAAAACUAUUUUUGUUUUUAUAUUUUUGAUUUUCUCCAAUAUCAUCUUUUUUUAAGAAUAAUUUGAAAAAAGAGCUUCAUGGCGUGUCAUUUUAAAGAGCUCGCUAAAAGAGAAACAACCUACUUUACUUUGUGCAAACAAAAAAACUAUGGUUUUACAAAACCGUGAGUGACAUCAUGGAUGCACAAGAAAAGAUAUUUAAUGAUAGCAUGUCAGAAUGUAUGAAUUGUUCCAGUAGAAUCCCUUUAACAUUUCAUGAUGGCUCCUUCCUGAGUAUACCGUUUAGCCACCCUCUGUGGCUUCUGUCUAUGUGUACAUAUGGUGUUCUGCCUGCCUGUGUCAAUGUGACUUGGUUGUAUCUGUGUCUAAAGAAAAAAAAAAAAAAAGCAGCACUGGGAGGAGGGGUGGUGACUAGCACUCAACAUUACAAAUACUGCCAUCCAAAUACACAAGUUAAAAAAGAAUAACUCUCUGACUUAAAGGUCCAGUGGUGUAAGAAUUAGAGGCAUUGAACGGUGGCAACUUCAGAUUGGAACUAAUGAAGGACUCCUUUGCUCAUGCCCACUUUCCCAAGCGUGUGAGGGAACUACAGUGGCCUUUGCACACCAGAAAGGAUGUCACCCUUCUUCAUCAGCAUAGUAAGCUCCUGCUUUAAAAUGAGAAAGGCACCCUUUACACCUGGCAUUAGAAUUCUCCCCUUACGUCACCUCCCUCCAUUCUUCUGCAAAGAUUUCCAGCAGCAGACUACAGCGUCACGUCCUAUGUGCUGCCAUAUCAACAACUGCAUGUGAAGUCACUCUAUUGCAUGGACUUCUCUUUGCUUUUAAAAGCGAGGGAAGAAGUUGUGGAAAGACAACAAAAGCAGAGGAGACUGCACAGUUUUGUCGUCAUUUUCACAUUAGCUGUGGUUGGAGCUACCAACGUAUUUCCACUCACAUAGUGGAGAUGCAUCAGAGACUCGUUGCAUUUACACUUCUGCUCAAUGUGGACACAAUGUGUCUCUGACCAGCUCCCAAUGUGGCUUGGCAGAUCGGAUAACUGUCCUCAAUGCCUCCCGGAUGUAUUUACACCUGUACUUAGAAGUGGUCAGAUGCCAUCUUAUUGCAAUGUGAUCACAGAAACAUGCAUUUUACUGCCAGGUGUAAUGGUGGCCUCCUUAAUGCAAGGCAAUUGCUUAAAGUACAUAAAAUGCUUAUGCUAAAGAUACAAAAGAAUGAUUACACACUUACACAAACAUACUUAUGGCUAGUUUGUUCAAUGUUUUGCCAAUAAAUCCUCCCAAAUCUCCUCACUGGAACUUUAAGAUAGCGAAUUGAGCCAAACUUUUUACUGGUCACAUUCCCACAAUGCGACAACCAAACAAAACUGUUACGUCAGGGGUAAAACACCUGACGGUCUCUCCCUCAUGAUGAAUAUUUAUUACCGAUUCCAGCUCCUGUGUUGUUGGUGUUAGCGGGCCCAGCUGAGUGACGGUGCUUUCUCAACCCCCUUCUACCAGCAGCUGAGUAGUUAAAACAGUCCACUGUUGCCUACCUGGUUGUCUUCAUGGUGAGGUAGUCAGUGUAGCAAUCAGGGAUGGAAAUUUCACAAGCCCAAGCUAGCGUCGAGUUCUCUACAGCCAGAUACCAAACCGGGGAUUUUGUCCAGAACCUCCAAAACACUGAAAGGAAUGUGCAAAUAUUUUGGACGUUAUGCUUCAUCUUUCCUCACCAGAUGCCUGUCAUUGUGUGGAGGAGAAACUCUUCAGUUGUACUUCAGUCUAAUAUAAACUCAAAGCAUUCCUUACUCAAACCAAUGAGUGCCACAAUCAACAACAGCACACUGUUUUUUUUUUUUGUUUGUUUGUUUGUUUUCAAGUGACAAAGUGCUCUUUGAAAUUCCAUCCCUGAUAGUGACAAACAGUCCACUGUUGCCUACCUUGGUCCCUUUUAUGGUAUAGUAGGCGUAGCAAUAUACAGUAUACAUAUUCUAUAUUCUACAGUAAAUAUCAUUAUUUUUGGUCAAAACUGACAACCUGACAAAGAUAUGUUUGUGACUGUAUGCAUUUGUAUGAAUUAUUUUAAAAGGAAAUAAACUGUGGAAAGGUGAA